AUGUGCUGGAUCGGACACGCAACAGGUGUAUCAGAAAGCAAGCGAAAGAGGCAGGAGGCACUGAACAACAAGGCCCGCUGCCACUUGACACUCCGGCGCGAGCGGAACCCAACGUCGUAGCUGAUGGGAUUGGGCUCCAACUUUGCCCCCCGCAUCCCGCUGAGCAGUGAGAAGUCAUGCUGCCAUUGGAUGUGCAUGUUUUCUUGUUCGAAGGUGCUGACGCCAGCGCUGUAGAUGUCAACGUCGGGCUCGAACUUCGCCUUCCACAUCUCGCUGAGCAGUGACAGAGCCUGCUACGACUGCUCGACGUCCCUGCACACGUUGCCAGCGUUGAUCGUCCCUGCGCACGUUGUCUGCUUGCAUUCUCUGUGCACGACGCUCGGCACCCGCCUCCAUCUUCGCUUCCCCCGAGACCGGUGUUCUUCCCCCGUCUCCUCGAACAGCGACAAAGGCUGCUGCGGCCAUUCACCUUGUUCGCACGCCCUGGACCUGCUUAACCGUUACCUGCGCAUUGCAAUAACGACUGCACUACACCACUGUAGCUAGCGGCGUCUGGCCCCCACGUCUCGGUGAGCAACCAAAUCGCCUGCUGCCCUUGCCCGCCUCUCUCGCAAGCCCUGAUCCCAGCGCUGCGGCUGAUGGCGUCGGGCACCAGCUUUGCCUCCGACAUCUCGCUGAGCAGCGAGAGUGCCCGCUGCCAUUGCCUGGCUUUCUCGCACGCGCUUAUUCCAGCGUUGUAGCUGGAUGACGUCGGGCACCACCUUUGCCUCCCACAUCUCGAGCAGCAGCGCCAAAGCCUGCUGCCACUGCGCUCCCUUCUCACAAGCGCUGAUCCCAGCCGUUGUAGCUGACGACGUUGGGAUCCAGCUUCUCGUCCCGCAUAUCGCGGAGCAGCGUUAGCGCCAGUUGCCACUGCUUGCAUUUAUUACACGCGCUGAUCACAGAGUUGAAGCUAAUGACGCUGGGCUCCAGCUUCACCAGGCACAUCUCGCUCAACAGCGCUAGAGCUCGCUGCCACUGCUCGCCCUUCUCGCACGCGCUGAUGCCAGCGCUGUAGCUAUGACAUUGGGCUCCAGCUUCGCACCCAGCAUUUCGCUGAGCAGCGCCAGAGCUCGCUGCCACUGCUUGCCCUUCUCGCACGCGCUGAUCCCGGAGUUAUAGCUGAUGACAUCGGGCUCUAGCUUUGAUCCCCUAAUCUCGCUGAGCAGCGCCAGAGCCCACUGCCACUGGUCGGAUUUUCCACACGCGCUGAUCCCAGAAUUGUAGCUGAUGACAUCGGGCGUCAGCUUUGCCCUCCAUAUCUCGCUCAACAAACUCAAGGUGUGUUGCCACUGCUCGCCUUUCUCGCAAGCGCUAAUGCCUGCGGUGUAGCUGAUGAUAGUGGGCUUCAAUCCUGCCCCAGACAUCUCGCUGAGCAGCGCCAGCGCCCGUUGCCACUGCUUGCCUUUCUCGCACGCGCUGAUCCCAGCGUUGUAGCUAGAUGUCGUUGGGUUCCUGCUUCGUCUCCCGUAUCAUGUGGAGCAGCGCCAGAGCCUGCUGCCACUGUCCGACUUUCUCGCACGCGCUGAUACUAGCACUGUAGCUGAUGACGUCGGGAUUCAAUUUCGCUCCUGGCAUCUCGCUGAGCAGCGCCAGAGCCCGCUGCCACUGCUUACCUUUCCCGCACGCGCUGAUCCCAGCGUUAUAGCUGAUGACGGUAGGUUUCAAUGUCGCUUCCCUCAUCUCGCUGAGCAACGCCAGAGCCCGCUGCCACUGUUCACCUCUCUCGCACGCGCUGAUCCCAGCGUUGUAACUGACUAAGUGGGCUCCAACUUCGAUUCCCACAAUUCGCCGAGCAGCGCCAAGGCCCGCUGCCACUGCUCGCCCUUCUCGCACGCGCUGAUGCCAGCGUUGUAACAAGACACCAUCGGGCUCCAGUUCUGUCUCCCACACCUUGCCGAGCAGCGCCAGAGCCCACUCCCACUGCGCGCCCUUCUCGCACGCGCUGAUCACACCGCUAUAGCUGAUGACGUCGGGCUCCACCUUCGUUUCAAUCAUUUCGCUGAGGAGCGACAGCGCCCUCCUCCACUGUGCGCCUUUCUCGCAUGCGCUGAUUCCUGCGCUGUAUACGAUAGCAUCGGGCUCCAACUUUGCCUCGAUCAUUUCGCCGAGGAGCGCCAAGGACCUUUGCCACUGCCUGCUUUUGCCGCAUAUGCUGACGAUCGAAGUGUAUUGACCGAUGCUGACUUCCGCGCACAGCUGAGACGCUUCGCGGAACAAGUGAAGCGCUGCGCUCCACUCCUUCGCCUUCCCACAGUUCUUUAGCGCUACUAGAAGAGAAGGAGCACGUGGUCCAGACCCUCGCUGGACGCCAGGCAUCUGAAGACAACUAUAUGCGCAUGUUCUGCAAGACAGAAUCGAUGGAGGCGACGCGCGUAAAGCACAUAUGCGGGAUUAUGUACUUCUUCAGCUAGAUGGUUAUUGCACGGAAUGAGCAAUAAAUAAUGGGCGCAGGAACAAGCAGGAGCAAAAACCAAGAACAGGUCGGGAGAGGCGGGGGGAGGAGAGAAGGAUCAGGAGAACGACAGGAUGGGGAGGAUAUCCUGGAUGAGUCAUUGUUUCGUGAACCUUGUCAUCCCCACGCCCGAUCUGCAGACUUCACCGUCAGCUGGCAAAAUAUUUCACUCCGAACCGCACGGGCGCCCUUG